UCGUGAUGUGUUUUUGCUGCUGGCCGGGGAUGGGCUGAAGAUUUUGUGUCUACAAUCGGUUUCGAGGUCCAAAAAUGAACACCGAAGACUUGUACUGGUUUACCUUUACGCUGGUAACUAUUGUUGGUUACUUUACGUUUAAGUUACUGACCCGCUACCGGCAUUUCUUCUACGUUCGAGGCGUGGCCUUCGAAAAACCACACUUUAUCUAUGGAAAUUUGAACGAUGUGUUGAGUGGAAAAACUUCCACACUGGAGCUAGUGCAGCAAUUCUAUCAUAAAUUCAAAGAUCAAAGGUUGUUCGGUUUCUACAACUACCUCAGCCCCGUGUUCUACAUCCGUGACCCAAAUCUAGCCCGAAGAAUAUGGACCCAGGAAUUUAAACAUUUUUCUAAUCAUGGUUACUUUUUAGACGAGAAUAAGGAUGUUAUUCUAGGCAAUCAACUGCACCUUCUCAAAGGUGACAAAUGGAAGCAAAUGAGACACACCGUCAGUCCUAUUUUUGCAGCAAAGAAUGUGGCUCUGAUGACUUCAUUGAUUCGGACUAAUUCAUUGGAUUUGGUAGACUUUCUGGCAGCCUCCGUCGAACCUGAGUUGGAUUUCAAGGGAAUCUUUCAGAAGCACGUUUUUAACGUGAUCGCUAGCUGCGCCUUUGGGCUGGAGUUAAACACCUUCAAGACUGAAUCAGAUCCGUUCUGUCACAUUGGCAGUUCACUAGUGUUUGGAAAUAAUCCGGUUCAGACAAUUAAAACGAUGUUGUUUUAUUUAUUUCCCAAGCUGAUGGGUAAAAUGAAAAUUCAACUGAUGGAAUCGAGCCAUGCGAAGUAUUUUCUGCGAAUUGUGAAAUCUGCCCUAAAAGAACGAAAAGAAAACAAUUUGAACAGACCGGACAUGAUUCAGUUUCUGGAAAAAGCCAGAAACGGUGAACUACAUCUUGAUACCGAGAGUGAAGACUGUCUUCAGAUGCGAGACUUUUCACGGAGAAAGUGGAGCGAUGAGGAACUGAUCGCACAAUGCGUCGCAUUUUUCGGAACAGGAUUCGAAGCGAUGGUGAAUCUGCUAUCAUUUGCCGUCUAUGAACUGGCAGCAAACGCAGACGUUCAGGAAAAAUUAUUAGAGGAAAUCCGAAAUCAGCUAUCAGACAAUCCAGUAACCUACGAAGCGGUCACCGGGAUGACCUAUCUGGACAUGGUCAUCAGCGAAACGCUGCGCAAGUGGCCAGCUUCACCCACCUGUGAUAGGGAAUGUUCCAACGAUUUUUCGCUCAACGAGAACGGCCAGCGAGUGCAGUUCCGCAAGGGCGAUUCCAUUUGGGUUUCACUGUGGGCGCUGCAGCGGGACGAAAGUUACUUCCCCGAGCCAGAACGGUUCGAUCCGCAGCGAUUUAGCGAGACCAACAGAGGUCGGAUUGCGGAUUCAGGCUACAUGCCGUUCGGUUUAGGCCAAAGAGAUUGCAUUGGAAGGUACUUUGCUUUACUGGUUGCCAAAGUGACUCUAGUGGAUGUACUAAGAAAAUUUCAGCUUCGACUGGGAAGCAAAAUUGUUGCCCCACUGCAGCUUGCAAAGGGAUCUGUUACUCUAGAACCAGAAGGAGGUUUUUGGCUGGAGUUUCAUCCACGAUAGAAUAAAAAUGAAAAAACAGUAUUACGAAAAUU